AUGGGACAUGUAGCCUUGAGUAUUCGAUCUCUACUCCCAAGCUCAUCAUCACACUCUUCGGUACAGCCUCAAAACAUCCAACCCACUCACUUCAAACCCCUUUUUCGCUCUUUUUCGAGACAAAACUCAACCACCGGCACCAUGCAGUUCACCACCGCCCUCGUUGCGCUCUUCGCCACCGCCGCCUUUGCUGCUCCCACCGAGAACGCCGCGGCGGUCGAGGCCUGGACGCCCUGCAACGGGCUGAACAACCCCCAGUGCUGCGGUGCCGACCUUCUCGGCAUCAUCGGCGUCGACUGCACGAACCCAUCCAUCGUUCCCAUCAGCGCCGACGGCUUCAGGGAGAUCUGCUCCCGCGUUGGAAAGCAGCCCCGCUGCUGCCUCCUCAACCCCCUUCUUGACCUUGGUCUUCUCUGCGACACUCCUGCUGGCGUCUCCGGCAAAUAAAUGCACAGUCAAGAGCCGACAACGUCUAUCGUGUGAUAGCAUGUUAGAAAACCUUUAGAUAGAUCUAAUCUAUCUACCAUAAUCUCCCCAA